ACCAUUUCUUGUUUUGAUAGCUUACUUUCGUGGAUGUCAUUAUCUUGUGCAGUGCAGCGCGGAAAGUUGAAUGAACAAAUAAAGAACGCAGCUAGCCUAAAUGACUGCAUUAGCAAUGGCUGAGGGUACAUGUAUUGUGAGCUCUGAGAGUGAUUCCAGUGGCCAACACACAGGCAGUGAGGAAGGAGAGGGAGCUCAGCAGGCGAUAGAUGCCUUGUCUGCUGCCCAGCGCGAGGUCCUGGAGCGCUGUCUACACACACUCACCCACGCCAAAAACGACAGCCACACACUCGCUGCACUCCUCCUGAUUACACGAUUGUGUCCAGCAGGCCAGCUCGACAGUGCGACGCUGCGGCGCAUCUUUGAGGCGGUGGGGCUGAGUCUUCCAGCUCGCCUUCUGGUGACUGCGGUCCGGGGGAGUGACGCCUCCGGCUUGCCCCCAGAGGAGCUUCUGUCUCUGGGCACGGCUCUGUUGGCUGCCCUCAGCACAGACCCAGACAUGGCUGCCCACCCACAGCUCCUCACCACCAUCCCUCUACUGCUAGGGCUGCUGGCCGAUGGGCCCAAAUGGAGCCUGCAGAAACAAGCCCAGCACCAGGCUAGACAAGGGAUGGAACCAGACCAGCCAAAACAGGCUGAAGAUGGUGAACAGUCAUCACAGAGCACAAACACUACCAAAGAGCCUGUCCAGGACACUGCAGGAGUCAAAGCACCAGCUCAGGAUGCGAAGAGCACUACAGGCUCUGAGGAAGGUACUGCAGAGAAUGGAGCUCCAACUUCCCAUUCAACAGUCAAACUGGAUGAGGCCUUGGCUACAGACUGUUACCAGGUUCUGAUUACAGUGUGUGCUUUACCCCGGGGCCCAGAUCAGCUCCUGGCCAGGGGUGCUGUCCCAGCUCUUUGUCGGGCCUUGGAGCAGAAACAGACACUGAGCCAUGAAAAAGGGCUACCCCUCCUGGGUGCCCUCCUCUCAGGCAAAACUAAAGAGAGAGCCUGGAGUAAGCACCCAGCCGAACUCCUCUCCCUCCUGGCCAGAGUCUCCCAAGACUUCUGCAGAGCCACUGGCCUCACCCAGCUCGAUAUGUGUGCCCUGGUGCCGCAGUUCCUCCCCUUGCCAGGUGGGACACCAAAGGACACUGACUUAACGCCAACUAUGGUCAGUCUGUGGGUGGCCCUGAGGCCCAUGCUGCAGGCCAAGCUGACCCCAGAUCAGUUAGGCCCUGUGUUAGUCCUCUCCGCCUGCCUGUUGGACCUGUGCGGCUGGGAGCCUGUGGGGCCACCUAAAUUCUGUUGCCUGCUGGUGAACCGGGCCUGUGUGGAGGUGAGGAUGGGCCUGGAGGAGCCCCCCGAUACAGAGCUGAGUCCCCAGCUGCAACAGACGCUCACCGCCUGCUACCGCGUCAUGGAGGCAGCCAUGGAGCAGGCCUGCAGCAGCCAGGGAGUCACCCAGCAAAGCGAUGCCCAGCCACAGACUGCCAUCACUGGGCUCAGUCUGCAGCAGAGCAGGCAGGUUCUCCGGGUUCUGGAGGAGGCCUUCUCGGCAGUCAUCUAUCACCUUCAGCAGGUUGAUCUGAGUCGUUACAGCGACCCCUUCAUUUUCGCCACAUUCCGUUCCCUCUGCGCCUGGCUUGCCGAAGAGACUUCCUGUCUCAAGGAGGAAGUGACCGCCCUCUUGCCCUUUCUGAUGGGCUACGCCAGAAGCCAUCUGCAGGGAGAGAGUCAGGACCAGGGUCUUUCCAAUUGGAUGUCGGAGAUGUCUGUAGGUGACUGCUCACAGAGAGGGGCUUGGACAGGCAAAGAUGCUCUAAGGUAUCUCCUCCCAGCUCUGUGCCACCUCUCUGCAGAGGACACCCCAAGGAAGGUGUUACUUACCCUGGACACCCCGGCUCUCCUCGUCACUUUCCUAUCCCAGGGAUGGGGCGACCUGCGGGGGAAAGGAGGGGCAGCAUUAUCCCGGGACCCCAGUAUGGAGACAGCCUGCUCAGCCCUGCUCAACUUUGCUGUCACGGAACCAGAGCGAGUCAGAAAGGACCCUUGUUUCAGAAGCCUCGAGUCAUUGUUGAGUGAAGCACUUCCUGUUCUCCUGCACAAACCCCGCCUCUUGGUCCUGGCGGCCAAUCUUUGUACUCUGGGGCUCAUGAUUGGCAGGCUUAAACCGGCUCCUAAAGCUCCGGUUGAAGCAGGCCAGAGGCGGUUCUUCUCCGCAGCCCUGCGGUUCCUCCGUGGUGCCCUGGACUCCAGCUCGAGCCCGGGCCCAGUUAGGGUGACCCCUGCCUGGGAGGAGUGGUGGGAGGAGGCUGGGGAGCUGUGGAGGCUGGGUCUGCAGGCCCUGGGAGGCUGUGUGAAGGCCCAGCCCUGGAUCAUCACCCUGGUCAGGGAGGAGGGUUGGCUCAACCACACCCUCACCAUGCUGGGCUCCUGUAGCGCCUUGCCUGACCCCCACACCCAUGGGGCACUAGAGGAGGCCCUCUGCGCAGUGGCACUCCAGUGCCCGUUCUGUCGACAGGAGAUCAGCGUCCUCGUGAAGAGCAGUGCCAAGGGAGCCUUGGGUAGCAUGGGCAAUCUGAGGAAAUCCCUUACCACAAACUGAAGCACUUGUGUAUUGAUCAUGAAGAUGAGGGCCAGGAGUUUUGCCUGAGCAGAUGCGUAACCUGACCGGGAAAAACUCCAGGCCCUUCAGCCUCUAGAGACUAAUACAAAAUGGCUGAAUAUAUCAUUGUGUUUAGUAACAGGCUAUAUUUGCUUUGUCAUACGCUUCCUGAUAAACAUUUCAGUUGUUUGUAAGAUGGUAUGACUGUAUAUAAGCGGUCUGUUACAUGUAUGAAAGUAAGUGAAGCAUAAAAUAAAGAAUUAUUAUGAUAAAGA